CACUGGCUUCCUUUGGCUUGGUUGGUUGUUGGCUUUGGAGAAUUUUCAAACUCAACUCCCAGGGUCAAGGGUUCGAAGCUGGUGCUAAGGGAGGAAGAAGGAGAAAUGAAGAAAAAUUGAGCCCCCCUCCCAUACAUGGCCAAAGAUGACAGCAAUGAAGACUUCACUUUCCCCACUCCAGACUCCGAUGAGUUUUUUCCUCCACCGCCGCCCACGUGGUGGAGAACCUCCGCGGCCUCCCGCCGCGAGAACCCGCUAGCGGCGAGAGGAGGAGGAGGAGAAGAGAAGAUGGACAUGUUGUGGGAGGAUUUCAAUUCCAAUGAAGAAGAGGAUGGUGGAGAAUUGUUGAAGUUGGAAUUUGUUGAAGGUUUGAAGAAGUUGUCUAAACCAAUCAUCAUCAAGAGGCCCAUAGGAAGAGAAAAUGGAAUUUUGGUUUUCAUGAAAGUCUUGAAGAAGGUUUUCUUGCUUCAUCAUUCUUAAUCCUCACACUUCUUCAUUCAAGAACUAAACAAUCAUAUUUUUUUUUAUUAAUUAUGUUAUUUUGUUCUAACUGCACAUUAAUACUUCAAUUCCAUAUUUUUCCCCCUUUGUAUUCUAAUAAAUGCACAUUAAUAUAUAUACUUGGUAAAGAAUCCUAAAUGUUUCUGUAGUAUCUAAACAUAUCCAGAUAAACUAAUCUGUUUACU